UCGUGGCCAGAUUACUAACCAUUAUUGUCAACAUUGUGUGAAGGAUUCUCCAUUGUUUUCUGUAUUCUAGUUGGAUUUCUGCGCGUUGUUCUUUAAAUAUAUGUAUUGUAGAGUUUAGAAAAUUUUAGUUUAUUAGAUUUGUUUGUGCUGGCUUAGUGGAAGAAAGUUCAGGUCCAAUGGCAUCCCGAAUAGUUGCCUGGUGGCGACACACCCUCAAGCGAAGGCCGGUGCUCACGAACACGGCUGUAUACGCCACGUUUUACACUGCAGCGGAAUUUUCUCAGCAAUCCUUCAACAAAAUGUAUUCGCCAGAAAAGCCAGACUAUGAUUUGGCAGCAGCCGGCAGAAUAGUGGCAACGGGAAGCUGUCUCUAUCCAACGACUCUAUAUUUUUGGUAUAGGUAUUUAGAUAGACGCUUCGUAGGCACGUCAGUGAAGAUUGUAUUAACUAAAGUUGCAGCUGAUCAGUUUAUUAUGACUCCAAUGUUAAUUGCCGCCUUCUAUACAUUGUUAGGAGUUCUAGAAAGAAAGGAAGACGUAUUUGAAGAGUUGAAACAUAAAUAUUGGAAGACAUUUGCCGCGAAUCAAGCAUUCUGGAUUCCUGGACAGAUAAUAAAUUUUGCAUUUGUGCCAUCGAAUUUGCGCGUUGUUUACGUUGCUUCAGCAUCUUUUAUUUGGAUAAAUGUUCUCUGUUUUAUAAAGAGGCAAAAGGUUGAAAAGCAGAUAUAAACAAAUUCGUUAUAGGGAUUUUAAUUUUGCUAGGUAAAUUGUGAAGAUUUCGUUUCUAAUGGUAAAAUAUAAGAGAACGAAUGAUGCAUGUUACGAAAUAUAACUAUUACAGGUAGGUUAAAUAAGAGAGUACAGAUUCAUAAACCUGAUAAUUGUGUUGGAACGUAUCAAAUAUGAAUUUUUCAAGACGUGUAAUCAGUCAUAGAUAAUCGAAAAUAGACAUGGUCGUAUUGUUGCACUAUUGUUUUGAUAGAUAUUCCGUACUUUAGUCAAUAACGCAAUGUAAACCGGCUGCCAUCAUUCCAGUACCUGACAUUGAACAUUAUUUAAUAGGUGUCUAUAUGAAUUGCGUUUUUAAGUACGCAUUUUGUGUGUAUAGAAUAAAUUUAAUAUUGUAAGUUAUUAUUGAGAGCUAAAUACAUAUCACAAAUCAUUCUUUUAAUCGAUUUAAUUUACAUAUUUUGGAAUAAAAUACUUUUUUAAUAU